AUGGACAUAGUGGCAGCCUUCGGCCAGUGGCAAGCUGAUGGUGCGCCUCCGAGAAAGCGCCCUGAGCGUCGGGGUGCAAAGCGCCCUGCCGAUGACGCAGCCCUGACCGGCCCACAGAAGGCUUCCCUGGCGGCGGAAUGCCGCGCCCGCGCUGUCAGUGCGCUUGGCGAUGCACUGACCACAGCAGCAAAGGAGCACCUUGCAAGGGAUCCUUCAGCAAAGCUAGGAAACACCCGGAAGCAGCUCGCCUACCAGUUCUUCCAGCAGGCCUCGGACGAGAUUCAGGAUGCUAUUUCUCCCUUGGCAAAGGCGGUUCGCACUGGUGUGGCUGACGCACGAGCCUUGGAGUUCCUUUCCACUUCUUCCUCUUCCCUCAAGCUCCUUUCCGCUUCUUCCUCUUCGCAGGCGGCUGCCACGGCAGCUUCAGUGGCACCGGAGUUCACCGCGACAUCCCACUGCGCCCAGCAGGAGGAUGCGCGUGAAGAGGGACCGGAGACUCCUGCUUCAGCAGGUGUGUUCCAGCAGUGUCAGCAUCCUGGGCGGCAGCUGCGGCGGCUGGCCAAGAACCUUGCUGAGCAAAUCCUCAGCAAGGCGUCGGAUAUGGAGGGGGCGAAUGCCAUUUUGACAGCCGUACGUCGAAAGGUGGAGGCCGCGUUUGGCAAGAACGAGCAAGGUCCGCCAUUGUGUGGCACCUGCGAGAAGCUUGGGAAGGCAGUGCAGACAUACAGAGCAGAGCUCGCGGCCUCCCAGGGAGAUCUGCGGCCCUUGGACCGUGUUUUGGUUCAGACUGCGCUGAAGCGACACCAGCUGCGGGCAUUGGACAUCCAGAUCUCGCGCGGUCGUUUCCAGGCAGCAAGAGCAGAGGAAGAGGGUGCUGAGUGGCGGGACCCACGAGGACGACCUUCAAAGGUGACCGAUCCGGAGUUCAUACGCUCGGUCACGGAGACCGUGCUGGCAAAUAGCCAAGACUCGUCCAUCUGGCUUCCGGCCGAGGGGCGGCAUCAGCGUGUUCUUCAGAGCUCGCUGUUCAGCAUGUGGCUGGGCUGCGGCUACACGAAGAAACUCAAGUGGUCGCAAUGGUAUCGUAUAUUCAUGGACAACUGCCAUGCAUGGGCAAAGCCUGCCCAGCGCAAGACUGACAUGUGCGAUCAUUGCGUGUACUGGCACUCAAGCUUGGAGCCGGGCCUCAAAAAGUUUCUCAACGAUGCCCGGGCCUCUCUUUGCCAGUUCCUGCCAAGCUACUUUGAUGCUCUUUGCAGCGGUGACAGCGAGCCCAUUUUGGAGCGAGCCAAGGCAUGGGUUGUUUACAUUGAUAAGCACGCGGAGAAAAACCGCAGCAUGCGUGCGAAAGCUGUGAAAGGAGCAGCCGCCAUCGACCUACACAGCUUGGAGGCUAGGAUUCUGCACGAGCUACGCUGGGAACUUCGUGUGGCAGAGUCCUACGUCUGGCACAAGCAAACUGCGGAGAGGCAGACGAGUGCAGUCUUCCAGCAACGCACCAAGUUGCCUUUGAGGCAUUGCUUGAUAUGGACAGACUGGAAACAAAACCUCACGAUCCCAUUAGCGACUGUGCAGACGGCCAACAUGUUCUACGGACCAUCGCGGCAAGAAGUGUCUUGCAUAGCGUUCGUGAUAUAUGAGGGCGCAGCCAAUGGUGUUAGACAGCGGAAUGUUGUCUUCCUGACAGAGAUCAUAGAACACACCAGCCUGGCGAGCUCUAUUUUCUUCGAGGAGACAAAGAAGUUCCUCCGCGGACCAGGUGCCAUUGAUGGACUCGAGAUCUGGAUGGACUGCGGCGGACACUUUCGCUCAUACAGCUUGGUGGCGGCACUGGCUAAGACGUACUUUGAACACUUCAAAUGCCCCACAACGCUGAACUACCACUGCGAGAAGCAUGGCAAGGGCGUUGUGGACAGCUGCUUCGCUUCUGUAAAUGCUUGGAUACAGGAGUACUUGAACCAUGGCCCCGGCAGAACGGUUUGCUCAUUCAGUGAUCUGGUGCAGGUAUGCAAGCAAGGCGCAGACAAGGCCAACAGGCAGGAUCCCGAUGGAGUUCGCUGGGAUGUGGUGCAGUACGACUCAGAUCAGAAGCCAGCAAAACAGUAUGUCAUGGCAGUCGACGACUUUCAGAUACAGCGCACGUAUUGCUUACGAAUGCAACCUUACGCAGGUCGGUAUGAUCGGCUUCAAAUGGUGAACAAGAUCUUCUCCGACGAGCAUGGGGGGCCUGCAACGAGCUUCGUUCCUGUCAUUCGCGAGGAACCCAUAGAGGACCGGAACUGGCGCAAGGGGUAUUUUGGGAAUCGAAAUUGGCUAGUAGCCAAGCCUUUGCGAGGGAAGAAUUCUAGCCUCAUGUCGCGCCAAGACGCGCAAAAGCAUGUGGGUCCGGCCAGGCUAACGACAGAGUGGCAGGACCAAGCCGCGCGACAAGCGCGUGCGCUCGAGAUGCGCCGGGCGGCCAGAGAACGCAAGCUGGCUGCGGCUCAGGCAACCUCCCAUCUUCCCGGGCUCUACUUCUACUUCUCCGCGGAUAUGGGCUCCUUCGUGGACUCCAUCGUGCAGAGUGUUGUGGGCCAGAUUGGUGGGCUGCUGGACGUGGCGGGCGUCGACAUCGACAGUGGCAUCUCGCUGUCUGGCAGCCAGGGCAUCGGCUUCUUCUUGAACACCGCGGGCGUGGGCUUCGACGCCGAGGUGAAGAUCGGAGGCUCAGCUACGUCCAUUAAAUGCGUCUUCAAGUUCAGCAACCGGAAGCUCAGGUGCAAAGCACGACUUGGCUGGGCCGAGCUUUUCCUCCAGGGUGCCAAGUACGUCCUCAACAAGAUCGACAACUUCGCUGGGGAUGGCGCAGAGGAAGUGGCGAAGUUCUAUUCCGACAAAGUGGGCGGUCCUGGAAGCAAGUUUAGCAAGCAAGUGGUCAACAAGGGCAAGAAGGUUGCCAAUAAGGUGAAGUGCAAGCUGAGCAACCUGUUGGGAGGCAAGUGUGGCAGGGUGGGAGGCCCCCCGAGCAAAUGUGGUGAUGGCACCGAGUACGUCAUCAAAAAUGAGCAGGACAAGUGCCUCCAGGCAUCGCCAGAUUGCUACGAGCCGGACGGCCAGGGCAAGGUGUACUACUACCAAAGAAAUUGCCUGCCGGUCUUUCGAGACUGCACGCACAUGUCCAGCAGCUACUCCGAACAGAUGAAGCAGUACUGGUGGUACACGACAGACCGGAAGCUCUGUAACGAGUACAUGCACAACAUGUACUUUGCCGACAUUAGCGACCCGGACGACAACCCCAAAUGCCUGCGAUUGCACGAUCAGCAGAUGUAUUUUGCCGAGUCCGGGGAGAAGGCAGCCUCCAUCGGAAUCUCGAAGACUUCCACGGAGAGGUUCAAAAUCUACAUCCGCGACGUCACCGGGCCCUUCGGACAGGUUUGCUUGCAAAGCUCCACUGCUGGAGAGACACUCGACCAAGGCCGACGCCGGCAGCCCCAGAAAGUCUACGUCCGUGGCUACGAUGGCGGACGGAGGCGGCGUCGAUGUGCGAAGGAUGGCGGCAAGAAGUGGCGGAUCUACCAGAAGCUCGAGCCGGGCAACGGACCAAACUACGACAAGGUCAUGACUCUUACGACAACGGCUACUGUUCGUUUCAUUGUGUACUCUUUGCUGGUGCCGAAGGCUUUGGAGGUCUUGGGCUUUGCGAUUCAAGGGGCUGGUGCUGCCAGGCGCUUUAUGUGCCGCAACGCGAAGUUUCAAGGCCUGCAGGUGUCUGAUCUCAGCAGGACGCCGCCCGAGCUGCGGGUGCUGUGCUUGGGUGCCUCCCCGCUCGAGGCACUGAAGGAGCUGGGCAUCACCCCAGGCCACUCCCUCAGUGCAUCGCUUGGCCGGCAGCCGUGGCCCCUCCACCACCGCUGCCUUGCGCUCGCGCACGCGCCCGGAAAAGGAGGCAUCCUGGCCACCGUCCGGGCCGCCACCACCUCGCAUUAUCCUGCUUGCCUGGGAGAGCUGUGGCAAACGCCGCCGGAUGACGAUGAGUCUGUGCAUAUCCUCUUUAAGCUCGACGUUUUUGAGAAGUCUGAGGAGCGCAGGCUGAAAGAGAUCUUGAUGAGGGAAGCGUUUGGCAUGAUGCAGCAUCGGAGUGCGAAGUGUAUUGCCUUGGCACCGCUGGAUGGUUUUAUUCCCUGGCUGCUGGAAAACAAGACAUGCGAGCUGCUGGCAGCCGCAGGCUUUCAGGAGUCUCUGGUGUCGUUGCUGUCCCACGUGUUGAGAGCUUGGCAGGCAGAUCAAGCGGCUGUGCAGAAGUUGGACGUGUCGUUUGUUGAUUCUGAUGGUGACUUGGUGAACUUCAGUGUUGUGGAGGAGGAUGGGCCCCAUCUGAAGAUGAGCAUUGCCUCCGAUGCUGGCAGGCGGGUGACACGUCUCAGACGUGCCGCAGAAGACUCUCUGGUGGUGCUCUUGGAAGAUGGAUGCUCUUUGCAGGUCGUGGCUCCCCAAAGCCAUGUUGUGGACGGAAGCUUAGCAGGAAUUCAAAAUGCAGCACUGGCGCUAGGGAUGCUGCCCCUUUCGCUGCAACAGCCGCUCUGCACCUUAGCCGAAGCCUACUUGGCAAGCCAGGAGGAUGGCCGGUGCCCAAAUGUGGAUGCCAACUUGCACUUUCAGCAGGGUGCUACGCUGUCUUCCUUGCACUGGUGGGGGGAUGAGUCCGCUCAGGGUCUCCGGUCUUCAUUUGGGCUUCUGGCUGGAUACCUCUACGAACCUGCCAUGCUGCGGCAGAACGCUGAGGCCUAUGCAAGAGGCUGCGCGCCGUUCUUUCCAGAGCGGCAGUGGUACAUCAGCCGUGUCGGUUCCCUUGGUGGGCGCCUCGCCGGGCUGAGGUCGGCGUCCGAGGAGCUGAUCUUGGAGCUGGUGCGGCUACUGCAGGACAUCGACAUCACCUCACCUUCACCGCUCUUUGUGGACCUGGGUAGUGGGGAUGGCCGUGUGGUGACAGAGGUGGCGCGACGACUGGGCAUCCGUGGCGUUGGCGUGGAGGUUGACGGAGAGCUCUUUCGGCAGAGUGACGAGUUGGUUCCGGAAAGCUUGCGAGGCCGUGUCCACUUCAUACAAGCUGAUCUGGCGACGGUUGACUUGGCAGCGGCGGACAUCGUGUUUCUCUACUUCCCCCAGGAGGCCACGCGGAAGCUGCUCAGAGACGUGCGGCUCGGAGUCAGGGGCUUCCGGGGCGGCUCCGGCCGGGUGCCAAGCUGCUGGUGGCAGAUCCUCCGCAGGAGUUGCGGGCCCAUCCUGCCAGGUUUGGCUUGCGUCUGGAGUCCUCGGCCAGCACCGUGCUGCCUCGCUUGGACGUGUACGAGCUGGUGUGGCCGCCUCUGGGGCGCACUCAGCAAGCCGGGAUUGUGA